CCAGCUCUUUACAAAGCUGCUUGAAACUUCUUCCAAACUCGCCAUGGAUUCGGCGGCGCCGGCGCUGCCCGCUUUUGUGGCGCUGGUGCUCCUCUCCCCGUGGCCUCUCCUGGGGUCAGCCCAAGGCCAGUUCUCCGCAGGUGGCUGCACUUUUGAUGAUGGUCCAGGAGCCUGUGAUUACCACCAGGAUCUGUAUGAUGACUUUGAAUGGGUACACAUUAGUGCUCAAGAGCCCCUUUACCUGCCACCUGAAAUGCCUCAAGGUUCAUAUAUGAUAGUGGAUUCUUCAAAUCAUGACCCUGGAGAAAAAGCUCGACUUCAGCUGCCCACAAUGAAGGAGAAUGACACUCACUGCAUUGAUUUCAGUUACUUGUUAUAUAGCCAAAAUGGGUUGAAUCCUGGCACUUUGAACAUAUUAGUGAGGGUGAAUAAAGGACCUCUUGCUAAUCCAAUUUGGAAUGUGACUGGAUUCACUGGGAGAGAUUGGCUUCGAGCUGAGCUAGCAGUAAGCACCUUUUGGCCCAAUGAAUAUCAGGUAAUAUUUGAAGCUGAAGUCUCAGGAGGAAGAAGUGGUUAUAUUGCCAUCGAUGACAUCCAAGUACUGAGUUAUCCUUGUGAUAAAUCUCCUCAUUUUCUCCGCCUGGGGGAUGUAGAAGUCAAUGCAGGGCAGAAUGCUACAUUUCAAUGCAUUGCUACAGGGAGAGAUGCUGUGCACAACAAAUUAUGGCUCCAGAGACGAAAUGGAGAAGAUAUACCUGUGGCCCAGACUAAGAACAUCAAUCAUAGAAGAUUUGCUGCUUCCUUUAGAUUGCAAGAAGUGACCAAAACCGACCAGGAUUUGUAUCGCUGCGUAACUCAGUCAGAACGCGGUUCUGGUGUAUCCAAUUUUGCUCAACUUAUUGUGAGAGAACCACCAAGACCCAUUGCUCCUCCUCAGUUGCUUGGCGUUGGGCCUACAUAUCUACUGAUCCAGCUAAAUGCCAACUCCAUCAUUGGUGAUGGUCCCAUUAUCCUGAAAGAAGUGGAAUAUCGCAUGACAUCAGGGUCCUGGACAGAAACCCAUGCAGUCAAUGCUCCAACUUACAAGCUCUGGCAUUUAGAUCCAGAUACCGAAUAUGAGAUCCGUGUCCUACUUACAAGACCUGGAGAAGGUGGAACCGGGCUCCCAGGACCACCGCUCAUCACUAGAACAAAAUGUGCAGAACCUAUGAGAACCCCAAAGACGUUAAAGAUUGCAGAGAUACAGGCAAGACGGAUUGCUGUGGACUGGGAGUCCUUGGGUUACAAUAUCACUCGGUGCCACACUUUCAAUGUCACUAUCUGCUAUCAUUACUUUCGUGGUCACAAUGAGAGCAAGGCAGACUGUUUGGACAUGGACCCCAAAGCCCCUCAACAUGUCGUCAGCCAUCUCCCACCGUAUACAAAUGUCAGCCUCAAGAUGAUACUCACCAAUCCGGAAGGAAGGAAGGAGAGUGAAGAGACCAUCAUCCAAACUGAUGAAGAUUUGCCUGGCCCUGUUCCAAUCAAAUCUCUCCAAGGAACAUCCUUUGAAAACAAGAUUUUCUUGAACUGGAAAGAGCCUUUGGACCCAAAUGGAAUCAUCACACAAUAUGAGGUCAGUUAUAGCAGCAUAAGAUCAUUUGAUCCUGCAGUACCAGUGGCUGGUCCUCCCCAGACUGUAUCAAACUUGUGGAAUAGUACGCAUCAUGUAUUUAUGCAUCUCCACCCCGGAACCACCUACCAAUUUUUUAUCCGAGCCAGCACAGUCAAGGGCUUUGGGCCAGCCACAGCCAUCAAUGUGACAACAAAUAUCUCAGCUCCCACUUUGCCUGACUAUGAAGGAGUCGAUGCUUCUCUCAAUGAAACUGCCACCACAAUCACUGUGCUGUUGCGACCAGCCCAAGCCAAAGGUGCACCAAUCAGUGCUUAUCAGAUUGUCGUGGAAGAAUUGCACCCACAUCGAACCAAGAGAGAAGCCGGGGCCAUGGAAUGCUAUCAGAUUCCUAUCACCUACCAAAACGCCAUGAGCGGGGGUGCACCUUAUUACUUCGCUGCAGAACUACCCCCCGGGAAUCUACCCGAGCCUGCCCCAUUCACGGUGGGUGACAACCGCACCUAUCAAGGCUUUUGGAACCCCCCUCUGGCCCCACGCAAAGGAUACAACAUCUACUUCCAGGCAAUGAGCAGCGUGGAGAAGGAAACUAAAACCCAGUGUGUACGAAUUGCUACAAAAGCAGCAGCAACAGAAGAACCAGAAGUGAUCCCAGAUCCUGCUAAGCAGACAGACAGAGUUGUGAAAAUAGCAGGCAUUAGUGCUGGGAUUUUGGUGUUCAUCCUCCUCCUCUUAGUUGUCAUAUUAAUUGUUAAAAAGAGCAAGCUUGCUAAAAAACGCAAAGAUGCCAUGGGAAACACACGGCAGGAGAUGACUCACAUGGUGAAUGCAAUGGAUCGAAGUUAUGCCGACCAGAGCACUCUGCAUGCAGAAGAUCCUCUCUCUAUAACCUUCAUGGACCAGCAUAAUUUUAGUCCAAGAUUGCCCAAUGAUCCACUUGUGCCGACUGCUGUGUUAGUCCCUAUAACUGAUGAGAAUCACAGUGCCACGGCAGAGUCCAGUCGCCUUCUGGAUGUACCUCGCUACCUCUGUGAGGGAACAGAAUCUCCUUACCAGACCGGGCAGCUGCACCCAGCCAUCAGGGUAGCUGACUUGCUGCAGCACAUUAACCUCAUGAAGACAUCGGACAGCUAUGGGUUCAAAGAGGAGUAUGAGAGCUUCUUUGAAGGCCAAUCAGCAUCUUGGGAUGUAGCAAAAAAAGAUCAAAAUAGAGCAAAAAACCGCUAUGGGAACAUUAUAGCAUAUGAUCACUCUAGAGUAAUUUUACAACCUGUGGAGGAUGAUCCUUCUUCAGAUUACAUCAAUGCCAACUACAUAGAUGGCUACCAGAGACCAAGCCAUUACAUCGCAACCCAAGGCCCAGUUCACGAAACGGUGUAUGAUUUCUGGAGGAUGGUCUGGCAGGAGCAAUCUGCCUGUAUUGUUAUGGUUACGAAUUUAGUUGAAGUUGGCCGGGUUAAAUGCUAUAAAUAUUGGCCUGAUGAUACUGAAGUUUAUGGUGACUUCAAAGUAACCUGUGUAGAAAUGGAACCACUUGCUGAAUAUGUGGUUAGGACAUUCACCCUGGAAAGAAGGGCGUACAAUGAAAUUCGUGAAGUGAAGCAGUUUCAUUUCACCGGCUGGCCUGACCAUGGAGUGCCAUAUCACGCUACAGGGCUUCUGUCCUUUAUCCGGAGAGUCAAGUUAUCCAACCCUCCUAGCGCCGGACCCAUCGUGGUGCACUGCAGUGCUGGUGCUGGACGAACAGGAUGCUACAUUGUGAUUGACAUCAUGCUGGACAUGGCUGAAAGAGAGGGUGUGGUUGACAUCUACAACUGUGUCAAAGCUUUAAGAUCUCGUCGCAUCAAUAUGGUCCAGACAGAGGAACAGUACAUUUUUAUUCAUGAUGCCAUUUUGGAAGCCUGUUUAUGUGGAGAAACUGCCAUACCUGUCUGUGAAUUUAAAGCUGCAUAUUUCGAUAUGAUUAGAAUAGAUUCCCAGACAAACUCUUCACAUCUCAAAGAUGAAUUUCAGACUCUGAAUUCAGUCACCCCUCGACUACAAGCUGAGGACUGCAGUAUAGCAUGCCUGCCAAGGAACCACGACAAGAACCGUUUCAUGGACAUGCUGCCACCUGACAGAUGUCUGCCUUUUUUAAUUACAAUUGAUGGGGAGAGCAGUAACUACAUCAAUGCUGCGCUUAUGGAUAGCUACAGGCAGCCAGCUGCUUUCAUCGUCACACAGUACCCACUGCCCAACACUGUGAAAGAUUUCUGGAGAUUAGUAUAUGAUUAUGGUUGUACCUCCAUAGUGAUGUUAAAUGAAGUCGACUUGUCCCAGGGCUGCCCCCAGUACUGGCCAGAGGAAGGGAUGCUGCGGUAUGGCCCUAUUCAAGUGGAAUGUAUGUCUUGCUCAAUGGAUUGUGAUGUGAUCAAUCGGAUUUUUAGGAUAUGCAAUCUAACCAGGCCCCAGGAAGGUUAUCUGAUGGUGCAGCAGUUUCAGUAUCUAGGGUGGGCUUCUCAUCGGGAAGUACCUGGAUCCAAGCGGUCGUUUUUGAAACUGAUACUGCAGGUAGAAAAAUGGCAGGAGGAAUGCGAGGAAGGAGAAGGGCGGACCAUCAUCCAUUGCUUAAACGGUGGCGGGCGAAGUGGCAUGUUCUGUGCUAUAGGCAUUGUUGUUGAGAUGGUAAAGCGGCAGAAUGUUGUAGAUGUAUUCCAUGCAGUGAAGACACUAAGAAACAGCAAGCCGAACAUGGUGGAAGCCCCGGAGCAGUACCGUUUCUGCUACGAUGUAGCUUUGGAAUACUUAGAAUCUUCUUAGUCGGGUGAGAAUUUCCACAGUGCAUCCACACAGAAACCUGUUCAUCUGUUGAGCCAGCAGCAGUUGUAACCUGUUACACCUGUGCAGAGAGAUUUUAAUGUGGGGGGUGGGAGGAUUUUACAUUUGAGAGGUAAAAGUAUUUUUCUUAUGAAGAUGUAUCUUAAUAAAAAAAAGAGAACUUGA